AAGGAGAGAGAGAGAGAGAGAGAGAGAGAGGGGUGGGGCAUUGUCGGUUGUGGAGAGAGAGAAGGCGGUGCGCUAUUUGCCCUUCCGAUUUUUCUCCGUAUUUGCUUUGCGAACCGAGAGGAGGGAUUUCGAGGGAGCGAAGCUGGUGGAGAUUCGCCGGAUAUCGAGUUUUUCCGAUCUUUUCUGAGUGGGAUUUUGGUUAGAUCCGACUGUUUCUGGGGGUAGGGGGAGGGGAAAAGGUCGAUUUGGGGUGGCGAGGAAGGAAAGUUUUUUUUCCUGCAGAGGACAAACGAGGAACGAGGCUGUUUGGCUGAAGAAGUCUGGGGAAGAGCGCUCUUGAUCGGUUCUUGGGUGGAAGAAAAAUCCUCUGAUCACCGCUUAUUUUAGUUUUUUUAAGCCAAUAUCCUCUAAAUCUGCUGUCUUUUAGGCUGGAUCUUGCUAAAUCUUUCCAAGAUCUCACAAAGACCCAUUUUUCCUUUUGGAAAACCUGAUAAAAAGCUGUCUUCUUUCAUUAUCUCGUUGUGAAAUUGAAACCCUCAGCCAUGGCCGUGGUCCCAGGCUCGGCCUUGAAGCUCCAAUAUGAUUCAGCUGCUCUUCCCUCUGUUGUAAGCCAUAAAAGAUGCGUCCGCCAUAGGGCUGCACAAUACCCUGCUUCGAGGCGGCUGCAUGCCUUUUCAUUAGAGAACAAGUUUCUUGGUAUGAAGCUCCGAGCGUCUGAACGGGUCCAGAUAUGGCGGACCGAUGGUCCGGGAGUUUCCCCGAAGCUGAGAGUCGUAUCACCAUCCAUGUCACUCUCUCAGGUGCCUGAGAAGCCCCUGGGUCUCUAUGAUGCGUCCUUCGACAAGGAUUCUUGUGGUGUUGGAUUUAUUGCGGAGCUCUCGAGGGAGUAUAGCCGGAAAACGGUUGCUGAUGCGAUUGAGAUGCUCGUGAGGAUGGCCCAUCGGGGCGCAUGUGGUUGCGAGACCAACACCGGAGAUGGAGCUGGCAUCCUUGUAGCUCUACCGCACGACUUCUACAAGGAGGUAACAAAGGAUGCAGGUUUCGUACUGCCACCACCUGGUCAGUAUGCCGUCGGCAUGUUCUUCUUGCCAACUGAUGACAGUCGCAGGGAAGAAAGCAAAGUUGUAUUUACCAAGGUGGCAGAGUCAUUGGGACAUGUUGUCCUUGGUUGGCGCCCUGUACCAACUGAUAAUACGGAUUUGGGUGAGUCUGCUAGACAAACAGAGCCAAUCAUUGAACAAGUAUUCCUUACAUCAAGUCCAAAAUCAAGUGCUGACUUUGAGCAACAGAUGUAUAUUUUACGGAGGGUUGCGAUGGUUGCUAUUCGAGCUGCUCUGAAUCUACAGCAUGGUGGAGUGAGGGACUUCUAUAUAUGCUCCCUUUCUUCAAGAACUGUGGUUUACAAAGGUCAGCUGAAACCAGUUCAAUUGAAGGACUACUAUUAUGCAGAUCUUGGUGAUGAAAGGUUUACAAGUUACAUGGCCCUGAUCCAUUCUCGUUUCUCCACAAACACUUUUCCUAGUUGGGAUCGUGCUCAACCCAUGCGUAUUUUGGGUCACAAUGGAGAAAUUAAUACACUACGAGGAAAUGUGAACUGGAUGAAGGCACGGGAGGGUCUUUUGAAGUGCAAGCAACUGGGUUUAUCGAAGAAUGAAAUGAAGAAACUCCUUCCCAUUGUGGAUGCUAGCUCAUCAGAUUCAGGGGCAUUUGAUGGUGUUCUUGAGCUCUUGGUUCGAGCUGGUCGGAGCCUGCCAGAAGCUGUCAUGAUGAUGAUACCUGAGGCAUGGCAGAAUGACCCGAACAUGGACACUGAUAGAAAGGCUCUGUAUGAGUAUUUCUCAGCUCUCAUGGAACCCUGGGAUGGACCUGCUCUUAUAUCAUUUACUGAUGGCCGCUAUCUUGGAGCCACAUUGGAUCGUAACGGUUUGAGGCCUGGCCGCUUUUACAUUACACAUAGUGGACGUGUAAUUAUGGCUAGUGAAGUUGGUGUUGUAGAUAUUCCCCCUGAAGAUGUGUCCAGGAAAGGAAGACUCAACCCUGGAAUGAUGUUACUAGUAGAUUUCGACAAUCAUACUGUUGUUGAUGAUGAGGCCUUGAAAAAACAAUACUCACAAGCAAGACCUUAUGGAGAGUGGCUCAAGAGACAGAAAAUAUGCCUCAAGGACAUUGUGGAUUCUGUGUCUGAAACUGACAGGAUUGCUCCAAGCAUAUAUGGCACUGUUGCAGCACAGAAUCAUGACGAGGACAUGGAGAACAUGGGAAUCCAUGGUAUCUUGGCUCCACUGAAGGCCUUUGGUUACACAGUAGAAGCUUUGGAGAUGUUGUUGUUGCCCAUGGCAAAAGAUGGAACUGAAGCGCUUGGAUCAAUGGGAAAUGAUACUCCAUUAGCUGUGAUGUCAAAAAGAGAGAAACUUACAUUUGAGUAUUUUAAACAGAUGUUUGCUCAAGUCACAAACCCACCAAUUGAUCCAAUUCGAGAGAAAAUUGUUACAUCUAUGGAGUGCAUGGUCGGUCCAGAAGGUGAUCUGACUGAAACAACUGAACAGCAGUGCCAUCGCCUUUCACUGAAAGGGCCUCUUCUAUCCAUUGAUGAGAUGGAGGCUAUUAAAAAAAUGAAUUACAGAGGUUGGCGCAGCAAGGUGCUUGACAUCACUUAUCCAAAGAAGCAUGGCAGGAAGGGUUUGGAGGAGACUUUGGAUAGGAUUUGCUCUGAAGCUCGUGAUGCUAUUCGUGAGGGCUAUACGACCAUUGUACUAUCUGACAGAGGUUUUUCGUCAGAACGUGUUGCUGUUAGUUCCCUCUUGGCAGUUGGUGCUGUUCAUCAACAUCUAGUCUCAAAACUUGAGCGCACUCGCAUUGGUCUGCUGGUUGAAUCUGCUGAGCCUCGUGAAGUGCAUCAUUUUUGUACUCUGGUUGGUUUUGGUGCAGAUGCUAUAUGCCCAUAUCUGGCUGUAGAAGCAAUCUGGCGAUUACAGAUUGAUGGGAAGAUCCCUCCUAAAGGAGAUGGCCAGUUUCAUUCACGAGAAGAACUUGUCAAAAAGUACUUCAAAGCAAGCAAUUAUGGAAUGAUGAAAGUUCUUGCUAAAAUGGGGAUAUCCACUCUUGCUUCUUAUAAAGGUGCACAGAUUUUUGAAGCUUUGGGUCUUUCUUCUGAGGUUAUUCAGAAGUGUUUCAAAGGCACCCCAAGCAGGGUUGAGGGUGCAACAUUUGAAAUGCUUGCUGGUGAUGCACUUCAUCUUCAUGAAUUGGCAAUUCCUACCAGAGCUUUACCACCUGGAAGUGCAGAAGCAGUUGCACUACCUAAUCCUGGGAAUUACCACUGGAGAAAAGGAGGUGAAGUGCAUCUUAAUGAUCCCCUUGCAAUUGCAAAGUUGCAAGAAGCAGCCAGUGCUAACAGUGUGGCAGCAUACAAAGAAUACUCCAGGCGGAUACAGGAGCUGAAUAAGACCUGCAAUUUGCGUGGUAUGUUGAAGUUCAAAGAUGUUGGUGAUAAGAUUCCCUUGGAUGAAGUGGAACCUGCUAGUGAGAUUGUGAAGCACUUUUGCACUGGAGCUAUGAGUUAUGGCUCACUAUCAUUGGAAGCACAUACCACUCUAGCUAUUGCAAUGAAUAAACUUGGAGGCAAAUCUAAUACUGGUGAGGGAGGUGAGCAACCUUCACGUAUGGAGCCUCUUCCAGACGGUUCGAUGAAUCCAAAGAGGAGUGCAAUUAAACAAGUAGCAAGUGGACGGUUUGGAGUUUCGAGCUACUAUCUUACCAAUGCCGAUGAACUUCAGAUAAAAAUGGCUCAGGGGGCCAAGCCAGGCGAAGGAGGCGAACUUCCAGGCCACAAAGUAGUUGGUGAUAUUGCGGUCACUAGAAAUUCUACUGCCGGUGUAGGGCUUAUCAGUCCUCCCCCCCACCAUGAUAUCUAUUCAAUCGAAGAUCUUGCCCAACUAAUUCAUGACCUUAAGAAUUCGAACCCAGGGGCCCGAAUCAGUGUUAAGUUAGUCUCAGAGGCUGGUGUGGGUGUAAUUGCUAGUGGGGUUGUAAAAGGGCAUGCUGACCAUGUUUUGAUCUCUGGCCAUGAUGGAGGAACUGGAGCUUCCCGUUGGACUGGCAUAAAAAAUGCGGGUCUUCCCUGGGAGCUUGGAUUGGCAGAAACACAUCAAACUUUAGUGGCAAAUGACCUUCGUGGCCGAACCAUUCUUCAAACUGAUGGCCAGUUAAAAACUGGAAGGGAUGUUGCUAUUGCUGCUCUACUGGGUGCAGAAGAAUUUGGUUUCAGCACUGCCCCUCUGAUAACCCUCGGCUGCAUUAUGAUGCGGAAAUGCCAUAAGAAUACUUGCCCAGUUGGCAUUACCACUCAAGACCCUGUACUUCGUGAAAAGUUUGCUGGGGAACCUGAGCAUGUUAUAAACUUCUUCUUUAUGCUCGCAGAGGAGGUCCGUGAGAUAAUGGCUCAGCUGGGUUUUCGAACCAUUAAUGAAAUGGUUGGCCGUGCAGAUAUCCUCGAGAUUGACAGAGAAGUAGUUAAGAACAAUGAAAAAUUGGAGAAUAUUGAUCUCUCAUUGCUACUUAAACCUGCAGCUGAGAUUCGCCCAGAAGCUGCUCAGUAUUGCAUUCAGAAGCAGGAUCAUGGUCUUGACAUGGCAUUAGAUCAAGAACUUAUCACUUCAUCAAAAGCUGCUCUAGAGAAGGGUCUUUCUGUUUACAUUGAGACACCAAUUCGAAAUGUAAACCGUGCCGUUGGUACGAUGCUCAGUCAUGAAGUUACUAAAUGUUAUCACAUGAAAGGACUACCUUCGGAUACAAUCCACAUUAAGCUAAACGGAAGUGCUGGUCAGAGUUUGGGGGCUUUUCUGUGCCCUGGAAUAACCCUUGAGCUUGAAGGGGAUAGCAAUGACUAUGUUGGGAAAGGAUUAUCUGGUGGCAAGAUUGUAGUGUAUCCUCCAAGAGGAAGCAAAUUCGAUCCAAAGGAGAACAUUGUCAUUGGCAAUGUUGCUCUAUACGGAGCCACAAAUGGGGAGGCAUAUUUCAAUGGAAUGGCUGCAGAGAGGUUUUGCGUCCGUAAUUCUGGUGCUAGAGCAGUCGUUGAAGGGAUUGGUGAUCAUGGGUGCGAGUACAUGACAGGUGGUACUGUUGUGAUACUUGGAAAAACUGGGAGGAAUUUUGCUGCUGGCAUGAGUGGUGGAAUUGCUUAUGUUUUAGAUGUGGAUGGAAAAUUCCAUACUAGGUGCAAUACUGAACUCGUUGAUCUUGAAAAAGUUGAAGAGGAAGAUGAUAUUACGACAUUGAAAAUGAUGAUACAACAACAUCAGCGUCACACCAGCAGUGAGUUAGCAAAAGAGGUCCUUGCCAAUUUUAACAAUCUCCUCCCAAAGUUUGUGAAAGUAUUUCCUCGUGAUUACAAGAGGGUUCUUCAGGACUUAAAGGCAGAGCAAGCUGCCAAAGAAGCUGAGGCACAACAAGAAAAGGAAUUGAUGGAAAAAGAUGCCUUUGAAGAGCUUAAGAAGUUGGCAGCUGCAUCUUUGAAUGAUAAGAAGGUGGAAGAUUCGAGGCCGGUCAAAAGGCCAACUCAGGUGCCCAAUGCUGUCAAGCAUCGAGGUUUUCUUGCUUAUGAGCGAGAGAGCAUUUCAUAUAGGGAUCCGAAUGCUCGAAUUAAUGACUGGGAAGAAGUUGCUGUGGAGUCAAAACCUGGGCCAUUGUUGCAAACACAAUCUGCCCGUUGCAUGGACUGUGGAACUCCGUUCUGUCAUCAGGAAAACUCUGGCUGUCCUCUUGGAAAUAAGGUACCGGAAUUUAAUGAACUAGUGCAUCAGAAUAGGUGGCGUGAAGCUUUGGAUCGGCUUCUUGAGACAAAUAACUUUCCAGAAUUUACUGGUCGAGUCUGCCCUGCUCCCUGUGAAGGUGCUUGUGUUCUUGGGAUCAUUGAGAACCCAGUAUCUAUUAAAAGCAUAGAAUGUGCCAUCAUAGACAAAGCCUUCGAAGAAGGAUGGAUGGUGCCUCGACCUCCGCUUCAGAGAACUGGGAAGAGAGUUGCCAUUGUUGGUAGCGGACCGGCUGGUUUGGCUGCUGCUGAUCAGCUAAAUAAAAUGGGUCACUUGGUUACUGUCUUUGAGCGUGCUGACCGCAUUGGGGGCUUGAUGAUGUAUGGAGUUCCUAACAUGAAGGCAGACAAGGUUGACAUUGUUCGGCGCCGUGUUGACCUAAUGGCUAAGGAAGGUGUCACUUUUGUGGUGAAUGCUAAUGUUGGAAAAGAUCCCUUAUAUUCCCUUGAUCGGCUCCGAGCUGAGAAUGAUGCAAUUAUUUUGGCUUGUGGAGCUACAAAACCAAGGGAUCUGCCUGUGCCUGGGAGGGAGCUCUCUGGAAUUCAUUUUGCUAUGGAAUUUCUCCAUAGCAACACCAAAAGUUUGCUUGAUAGCAAUUUGCAGGAUGGUAAAUAUAUAUCUGCCAAGGGGAAGAAGGUGGUUGUUAUAGGUGGAGGAGACACAGGGACAGAUUGCAUCGGGACAUCCAUCCGACAUGGUUGUACCAGCAUCAUAAAUCUAGAGCUUCUUCCUGAGCCACCAAUAAAAAGAGCACCAGGCAACCCCUGGCCACAGUGGCCUCGCAUUUUCCGAGUAGAUUAUGGCCAUCAGGAAGCAGCAGCGAAAUUUGGGAAAGACCCAAGAUCAUAUGAAGUCUUGACCAAGCGCUUUGUGGGCGAUGAGAAUGGUUUUGUAAAAGGCCUUGAGCUCAUACGCGUGAAAUGGGCAAAGGAUAGCAGCGGGAGAUUCCAGUUUGAGGAAAUCAAGGGUUCCGAAGAGACAAUUGGGGCUGAUCUGGUCUUCUUAGCUAUGGGGUUCCUUGGUCCUGAGGCGACAAUCGCCGACCAGCUGGGUUUGGAGCGAGACAACCGGUCGAACUUCAAAGCAGAGUAUGGGCGCUUCUCGACCAAUGUGGAUGGUGUCUUUGCUGCCGGGGACUGCCGGCGUGGUCAGUCACUGGUUGUCUGGGCCAUCAACGAGGGCCGGCAGGCUGCAGCUCAGGUGGACAAAUACUUGACGAAAGUUGAGGGUGAUGUCACGAAGGACACCCCCAGCAAUGAAGAGGAUGUGGUCCAGAAAGUGGCUGCGUAGACAGGGAAAGUUUCUUACCUGAAAUUAUAGGUUUUAAAGGGUACCAAAUAGGAGAAUCUGAUAGUCAUUUGGCAAGCAAGGGGGUUGGCGAGCUGACAGAUAUAUGUAUGGGGGUCUGAGGGUUUCAAUUUAUCUCUCUUGUCUGGUUGAUUUUCUUUGUUAUGUUCAAAGCUGUGUUUAUGGCUUCAUGAAUAAUGUACAAUUUUCCAAGAAAUGAAAUAUAGUGAAAUUGGUGGGCAUGCUGAAGA